AUGGCACCUAAGGAAAGCUCCGACCCGGAGAUUUCGGAUUUCGAGAAGGAUCCAGAGAUGAUGAAGAUGACGUGGUCCCUCAUGUCCCAUAUAAUGAACAAAAUGCUGCGCUGGGACAUCCCUGGCGAGACCGCUACAGCUCACGCUUUUCCCAUCAGAAGUCCAGAUCAAGUUCGGAAGGAAUCUGAUUCGAUGGCUAAGAGAAUAUUUCAAAACUACGAGACUUUGAAUGCAAUCCUACAGCGUCAUGAGCCUACCAUACACAAUCGCUGGCUAAAAAAGAACCGCCGCCAGAAGCUAGCAAUCCUGCUCGAGGGUUGGCCCAACAUGCCGGCACAGCACCGUCCUGACAUUGAGGUUGCGCGCCAAUGCGCAGGUAGCAAGAAAGCGGGCUCUGAGAGAGAGCAACGCCAUCGAGAGGCAUUAAUGUCGCCGUAUAUCAAUCAGGAAGACUUGCUCGUUCCGAAGGCACUCCUGCUGCUGAUUAACUCCCGGGGACGCCACGCUCCUUCAUAUUUUGCCGGUGCGGAUUUGGAAGCUAUGAGUCUGGCUCUUAGGUUUCGAAUGAUUGACGUUGCGAAAUAUGGCAAGCUCCUGGAAAUGUGCGAUGAACCAGAAGCGUAUGAAUGGUGGAUUACGGAGUAUCAGUUUGAGCCAGGCGACGGCCUCCUGGUUCUGGAGGCCCAGGACCGACUCUUAUCUUUCCUUGUUCACUGCUGUCAACAAAUUCUCCAUGACAUCCCAGAAUCUACAAUGGUGACCGAUUUGUUUCCAGUCCUUCCAGAACCGCUGCUAGGCCAAAACAACAAAACAGUCGGCUUUGAAUCUCUCGUUGUACUGACCGCCGAAGCCCCCUUUCGUGUCCCGGCAAAGCUCGAUCUCUCACUCGUCGAGUCAUUACUGACUGCAAGAAGCUCGGCGGCCGAGGAUCAUCUGUGGGCGCUCCGGGAAGACCCAGAUUACUUCGCCAAACGUCUCCUUGAAGCAAAAGAUCAUCGACGUGAAAUGCUGAAGGACCCGAAAGGGAACAGACACCCAUUAUUAUUGGACAGUCGGAAUCAUAUAAUAUGGGCCCGUAGCCUUGAGAGCAUGCUCGUGGAGGCGCAUGUGGAGCUGGAGACAUUUUCCGAGCUCAGUCGGCAGGCCAAACAAGUGGCACUGCUGCAAGUAAAGCACAGUGCCGUUAUAUUGCCAUCGCAGCCACUACCCGACGAGUAUUUAGAGGCGCUGCUCACCUUCCGUUACUUCAUUACAGACGCUCUCAAGAAACAAAUCCACAAGCUCGUUCAUGCAGCACCACUUUCAAGGCCUCUGCGCAAUAGCUUUCGGAGACUAUCACCAUCCGAUCUACCAAAGCAAGGCGGCGCGCUUAACGGCCCAAGUUUCGACUAUACAGGCGAUGAAAGAUGGAAUAGAGCUGAAGGAAGAUUAGUUGCCCAACUGAACAAUUUGUCGGAAGAGCGCUGGAUAUCGACGAUCGUUCCGCUUCCAAUCCUUGUGGAUGAGCUUGAGCGGAUAGUCCAAUCCGCGCCCGGGGUCAAGGAUCUGUUGUCUCCCUACGUCACCCGUGUUUUGGGUACAGUAUCGAUUCUGUCCCAAUGCCUACACCAGCUUCAUCUAUACCAGCCAUGGGCCCGGACCUGGGAGUCGGAAGUGCUCCUUCCCCGAGAUAGCAUGAAAGCUGAAUUUAACGCACGAACAAAGCCUUCGACUGAGAUAUUAGCUGCCCUAAAUGAAGAUAACCUGAAGGAAGCGGCCAGCCUCUGUGAUCCAUCUGGUGGAAGGUUCCAUUAUCCUUUCGAAAAGCGCCGCACAAAAGAAAAUGUCAACACACUUCGAAAGGCCGAGCGUCAUCUGGACGAUUUCUGGCAGGCCGUGGACAAAGUUCUGCUCGCCAAAGUCGGAGAUCUACGGGAUACGGCUGUUGGUCAUCUCUUGUACCAGUCGCGCAUACUGCGGCGAACACUGGAAUGGACGGAGCCGGAAAAUCGACUGCCUGCACCUGCCGAGCGAUCUCAAGCUACCACAUCGGAACGUGACAUUUACGCGUCGUAUCAGGCAAUAUCAAUGGUCUACCGUGGUCUCUCCGCUAAGGAACUUGACGUCCCUCACAGCAAGGCAAAAGUCAAAACCCGCGGUGCUCAGCAACCUCAGGACCCUGCCGCACCAACCGGCGCAAUGCUACAACUGGACCUUUCUGACUCGAACCCCACAUUCGCGGUCGACUCGCGGGCACUCAAAGUAUUCCGUGCAAUCUUCUUCAAUCCCGCCAUUAGCUCCACCCCGGGAGAAGUUCCCUGGAGCGAUUUCUUGCACGCCAUGGUUUCGGUGGGGUUCAAGGCAAUCAAGCUAUAUGGCUCUGUCUGGCAGUUCCGGCCGACCCUACUGGACGUCGAGAGGAGUAUCCAGUUUCAUGAACCGCACCCGACCGGCAAGCUUGCGUUCUAUGUGGCUCGCAGGUAUGGCCGGAGACUAUACCGUGCUUACGGGUGGGUUGGGGAGACGUUCGUGUUGGCGGGGAAGUAG